ACGUCACCAUUACGCGCCGCCAUGUGGAAACCAAACGCAGCUGAAAGUAAUGGACGCGUUUGUGUGUAUGCGGCGGAUUGACACUUAACUUUGACUGUUUAGGACGUCUGUUAGCAUUUAAACUUAUUUUUUAGUUUUUCUAGCGAUUUUGAAAGAAAUGACAGUAUCGCUGCUGAGUCAUUUACUGGGUAACCUUUGCGGGAAGACGUGAAAUUUGACAAAUGGAUGGUGACGACAGCCUGAAGAGCGACGACAGUAAACUUGUAAAUAAUAAUAUCAUCAAUCACAAUACAAAUACAACUGAAGACGUUGGUGGAGAAGACGGCCAAGCUGCCGAGGAGCAAACUUUGUCCAAAAGGCAAAGGAAGAAGCUCCUAAAGCAGCAGAAAUGGGAGGACGAGAGGGAGUUGAGGAAGCAAAGGCGCAAGGACAGGAAGCAGCAGCGUCGCCUGGAGAGGCAAAACCAGGAGGACGGGGGCGACGCGCGGGACCAGCGCCGGGCCGGAAAGCGCCCGCGUCAGGAGGCGGCGCCUACAUCUCUGCGGCUGCUGGUGGACUGCAGCUUUGACGAUCUCAUGCUGAUCAAGGACGUUCGGAAGCUUCACAAGCAGAUCCAGAGGUGUUACGCUGAAAACCGGCGAGCUUCGCGUCCGGUCCAGUUUUAUCUGACAAGCCUCGGAGGACAACUCAAACAGAGUAUGGAUGAAAAGGAUAAAGGGUGGAUCAACUGGAAGGAUAUCAUCAUUAAAUUAGAACACUUCACUGAAGUCGUGGACAAGGACGAUUUAGUCUACCUGACGUCGGACUCUCCCAACAUUCUGACGGAACUGGACCUGAAAAAAGCCUACGUGAUAGGCGGGUUGGUGGACCACAACCACCACAAGGGGAUCACCUUGGAUCGGGCGAAGGCGCUCGGGAUCUGUCACGCCCAGCUUCCCCUAGGAAGCUUCGUCCAGAUGAACAGUCGCAAAGUUCUCGCUGUCAACCACGUGUUCGAGAUCAUCCUGGCGUACGUGGAGAAAGGCAGUUGGCGGGACGCAUUCUUCUCCGUGCUGCCGCCGAGGAAAGGAGCCAAGGCGCUGGUUCCGGAAACGCCGGACGAGGACGAGCGCUCUGAUCCAGACGCGCCCCAAACUACUCAAAAGUGAGCCCUAAGCUUGUGCCGUUGUAUUAUUUAUAAUUUCCCAAGCCUUCUUUUAACGGGCUCCUGUUUUUGUUCACCAAAUUCGACUUUUUUAAUUUCCGGUCUGAUAUAUUUAGCUUUUUUGAUUCGUGCCAAUCGCCCAUUUUCUCGUCUUACAACUGAAAAAAUGACUUUUCGUAUAAUUUGACUUGAGAGUUUGUUACUAUGACGUGUAAUAUUUCGUGAAAAUGACUCAUUUUUAAUUUUUCCGGAAUUUUCUUUUUACAGGUUAGUUCUUGUAAAAUUAAUACACCGAUGAAAUCAUUUUUUUGUUGUCAUAUUUUGAUUUUCUUUAUCACGAAGUGAAGAUUUGUUAUGUAUUAUUUUUAAGGACGGUAUAUUGCUGAUAUAUGCUUUUAUUACAAAAUGUCACAUCACAAUUUUCAUCAAAUCAUUUUUUUUUUUUUUUUUGAUUGGAGAAAAAAAAAAUACAAUUACUGAAUACAAUUUUGAGAGAAUCUCAAGAUGGUUGGUUCCUGUUCAUUUUGGAGCAAUUCCGGGCAACCACUGCUGAAUUCGCAGCUACGCUCGUCUUUGUGGCUGUCGCGUGUUUUGUGGGGCUCGUGCGUGGCCGGAUGUGAUAGGGCAGGUUCGGGUGGGGGGCCCUGGUACUGGGAUUGGCGAUGAGGCGGCGUGGCGUCUGUUGCCGAGGGACUUACACUCACAAGGGAUUCACACGAUUACUGGUUUCUAGAUCACAUAGCUGAUUUGUGUGCACUCCACCUCUCCCAAUCACUUAGCCUACAGACUCCCCCACCCCUGUCCCCUUCUUUCCCUGGUCAACAGGCCCCCCACAUGGUGUCAAUC